AUGGCCGCUAAGAAGGCUGUCGUAUUGAAAAACAGAGGGAAUGACUUCUUCAAGAGCGGUCGUCUGAGCGAAGCUGCUUCAUUGUAUUCUGAGGCCGAGAAGCUGUCGCCUUCUGACCCUGUCUACGCGUCAAACCUGAGUGCAGCUCUUUAUGAAGCCAGCAACUAUCCUGAAUGCAUAGAUGCGAUCAUUCGCUCUUACAAGCUUAUAAAUUCUGGCUCAAACUCAGUUCUAGCGUCGAAGCUCUCAGCGCGGCUCUGCAAGGCCUUAUGUCACGGUCUCCGCAGCGGUGCAAUCUCGGACAAAUUCAUACGCGAACGUGCAGAUGAUAUCUCUCGGCUUGAAACGGUUCUCUCUGGCUCUGCAGAGAGCGACCCGAAGAGCUCGCAAGUAUGGCAGCUGUUUAGAGCCAUCGAAAGCGAGUCGGGGGAUCGUCGUCAGACCGGUAGCGAUGCUUUGGGGAGGUUGUCUUGCCUACCUGUUUUCAAGAAACCACCGAGCUUUUGGGUGGACUAUCACACGAUUGGACAGGACUCGGUUAUGUCAAUGAUUGACGAUGCUGGUCCCGAAAGUCCGUCUCGUUUGGAUCUGAGCAAAAUGUCGGACGACGAACUAGGCGAUAUCGCGUUCAUGUUUGGGGGAAUUGGAGACGCCCGUCACGUGUUUGGUACAAUAUAUAGACUACAGAAAGUGUGCAAAGAACUCCCGCAGGAUAAGCGCGACAAAGUCCACAUGCAUAUGACCCUUCUGGACUUCCACCCCGGUGCACUAGCACGCGACCUCUGCGUGCUCAUGCUGCUUCAUGAUCUCGUCGAAGCUGAGGCGACUGAUCCCAUUGCUUUGGCCGAAAUGAAAGCGACCCUCUUUUACACUUACGUCGGCAUCGCAAUGCCCGAAUACUGCCAUGAACGGCUCCAAAACGUGAUCAAAGACUUGCAAUCACGUCUCUCAGAACGGCCUUCACGGUUCCCUUCGUGGAUACAUGUUGACACAGAAGCCGUCCCCGGUAUCUUGGAAGCAUUGAAGGUCUGGUCCACGAUUGCUGAUAACACAAAUACUGCGCAAAUGCUAGCUGCACACCACCCCAUUUCCGCGGGCAAGUCCCCACUGGACUUUCUCGACGACCCAAAGAUCUCCCCGGCUUACAAGCAGAUGAUAGAGAAAAACUUGGCAGAUAAACGCCUCAAAGCGACCGAAGUGGUGAGGGCACUUCCGCCGGAGACACUCGAGAAGAUGGGGUUGGUAGACCCAGGUCCUGACGCCACGCCUCGCCAAAAGAGACUUUACAAGGAAUGCUUCCAGGGGGUUGUCGAUUCAACGCUGGAGCUCGUGUUCUCUGGGACCGGCACUAUGUCUGUAGAGAAAAUGUGGUAUGACCAGAAUAAGGUUUUUCUGCCACCGCCUGAGCUGUGGUCCCGCCAUCCUGGUUUCGAGGAUUUUGCCGCAUUCAAGAACCAGUUGAAAAAGGCUAAGCCAUCCAUGGCUAAGAGUUGGAAGAAGCAUAUUGAACAGACUUGGAAGCCCAAUCCAACUCUCUACGAUUACCGCCAUCCCGGUCGCGAGCCUUUUCUCGGAUUUAAUCCCUGGAAUACCCCCGGCUGCAUCGAUAAAUUCAAUGUGCGGUUUGGGUUCAACACGAUUUCUCCGCAUACUAUCUAUGCUGAUGCGCCGACGUACACCCAUCUGGCGGACUUCUUCGGCGCCGUCGCGGACAGCCUGAAGAUCCUGAAGGGACAGCUUAAGCUGGAGUUGUUGUUUGCUGAACUGACUCAGGAGUCCGUCAAGAUGAGGUUCAAUAGUGACCACACACGCUCUCCUGAAUUUCCUCGGACAUUUACGAGAUCAUAUGUCAGCAACGUCCCGGACUAUACGCACGGGACGAUUAACAUGUUGCUGUACUCAUUGCCACUAGUUCGCUGUGGGCGCGAAUCGGUUGUAUCGGCUCAUUCGCUCCUGAACACUGGUAUCUGGCGAGACGAUGAGGAGUUCAUCUACACGUAUACGCUUCUCCGUUCAACCGACAUACCUCGAUACUUUGGUUGUCGUCUGAUCAGUAAGGAAGCUGUUCACCGUCUUGUCGUUCUGGGCAACAAACCUCUUCCCCGGCCGCUCUCUGAACUGGCUACGCGAGAGGAGCUCGUCGUUUGGCUCACACGGACCUUGAUCUACACUGUCAUUCCCGGGACCAGUGGCCUCGGAUACUUCAGAGCCAAGAUGCCGAAUAACCUUAUCCCAUUCUUCACCCUUCUUGUGCACCUCCACAGUGUUGGCUACCCUGCACACUGGCUCUCCGAGUUCUUGCAGUGUAUCCUCGACGACGAUCUGACGACAGACAUCGCGCCGUACCUAGACAAGUGGCCCAUCCCCGUGUCGGAUAUCAACCGUCGUGUGCCAAAGCGGAAGAUCCGGCUGGAUAUACUGCAUGCUGAGUUCGAAAACGUGCUUGCAUUGUCCCACCGCGGGUUCCCCUUCGCAAUCUCUCUGCCGGCAGAUUUCGUCACCUCUCACAAGGAGGUUGGAGUUUUCGAGGCCUCUGUGCGCUCGUCCUCUCCUAUGCUCUCGUCACCAUCCAGCUCGAUCCCUCCGUUCGACCCAGCUGUAUACCUCCUCUUCUAUAAACCUGCGCCAAACUUGACAGCUUCCGCUGUGGUUACUGCUCUGCCCUCCAUCCUGGAUGGUAAGAUGGAGCCGCCCCCUGGCGAGAUCUAUAUUCUGACCGCGCAGGAGACGUUUGAUCUGGAUGCCAGAAAGGUCUCAUGGAUGUUGAGUAAGAGGCGAGCGCGCAAGAUGAAGAGGGAGGGGUGGGUUAUGGUCGCAUAUCGUACAGACUGCAAGGAGCCGAUGACUCAUCCAGUACCAGCUUCGCAAUGGGAGGACACGUCCUUCUGA